AACUCGCCGCGCACAGCGAGCUACAGUGCGGGUGACCACAGGACUCGCUUUUUCGGAGCCGCCGCGUGCGUUUGCUGCCGAUGGCCGAUGUAUUGUGUAUACAUGUAUGCCUAUACACCAUUACACCAAGAAGCACACACACGCCAUAUUGCCAAACGAAGACGGAGCCAGCUCCGAAAGCGCAAGUCGGAGCUAGAGGGAAACAAACUGUAGCCAGAGAAGGGGAGGGGGUAGAGAGCUGGAGUAGCUACUGGCUAUAGCCGCGCGCAGCAGCGGCGCGCAUCUCGCUCCGCCGGCAGCGCUCUUUCUCGCCGCCUCGUCAGAAGGGAACCAACAGUGCAAGCGUAAGGACGGGAGAACAUCUAGGUUCGGCAGCGGCGUGUCCAACACCUUACACACACCACCAUCACCACCAUCUCUCCAUCGAGAUAUCAUCAACAACAACAACAACAACAACAACAACAACAAUAAAAAACGACAACGUCGUGAACAUCAAGUUUAAAAGACAUUAACAUCGACAACAACCGAAACAUGGCUGAUGCAGAGAAGCAGCCCGAGCAACAACAGCAGCAGCCUGCCGCGGCGGCAGCGGGCGGAGCGGCCAGCGCGCCAGCGGCCCCGGCCGGAGCCACGGCUACCCAGCAACAGCAGGGCCAGCAACAAGCCCAGCAACAGGGUCAGCAACAGCAGCAGGCCAAGGCUGCCCAGCAGCAGAAGACCAUCAUCGCUAAUAAAGUUACCGGGACUGUAAAAUGGUUCAACGUAAAGAGUGGCUACGGGUUUAUCAACAGAAAUGACACCAAAGAAGACGUCUUUGUGCAUCAAUCUGCCAUCACUAAGAACAACCCGAAGAAAGCAGUGCGCAGCGUCGGCGAUGGGGAGGUCGUCGAGUUCGACGUGGUGAUCGGCGAGAAGGGUAAUGAAGCGGCCAAUGUGACCGGGCCGGACGGCGAGGCCGUCAAGGGCUCGCCCUACGCGGCGGACAAGCGCCGUGGAUAUCGGCAGUACUACAACAGACGCGGUGGCAGCGGUGCCCGACCAAUGCGCAGACCCCGCGAGGGCCAGGAGGGCUACGAGUCCGGCGAGGGCGGUAAGACCGGGGACGAGCAGAGCGGUGGCGAGGGUGGCGGCAGCCAGCAGCGCCGUUACAGGCCACGCCGGCAAUAUGACGGCUACUACAAGGGCGGCAGGCGAGGCCCGGGCGGCCAACAGCAGGGCGAGAACGGUGCUGGCAGCGGCAACGAGGGUGCCGGCCAGGGUGAGCAAGCGGCUGUUGACGGCGAGGGUGGCAACCAGCGCGGCACACAGCGAGUCCGCGGUGGACCUUCAAGGCGCUUCUUCCGACGCAACAACUUCCGCGGCGGACGUGGAGGUGGCGCAGGAGGACCGGCCAGGCGACCCCGCAGCCAAGACGGCCAGUCGGAGCAAAAGUCGGAUGCACCUGUACAAAAGGAUGCACCUGCCACUGCCCCCGCUCCUCAGGAGAGCCAGCCAGCACAAAACAACGCAUCUAACAACACCGCCGAAGGCACUGCUUAACCAACGACAGUCGUCGCCACAGUAAAAUCACCAUCCCUCUCUGUAUAACAUUUCUAUCUGUUAUAAAGAACGAGGCGACGGAAACAAAGUAAAAAUAAUUUAAACAAAAAAACAAAAAAAAAUCAACCACAAAAGCUAACAGCAAGCAGCAGCAACUAAAAGCAACAGCAACAUUCUAUAACAAUCGUUAUUAAAAAAUCCAAAAAAAGUGAGAAAAAAAAGAUUACCAGCAAACUCUACUCCACAGUCUCCCCACGAAACUCAAAGUAAAAUAACAAGCUGAAAUUGCGGUACGUGAAUGCCAAAAUCAUGGAAAAAGUGAGUGCUAGUUAGAUUAAAAGCAAGUUUAAAGUUUUUGGUAAUCCAGCAACGAAAAAUAACGUUGUCAUGGUAUUAGAGCGAAAGCUAAAAGAAGCAGUUAGAUCAACGUAGCAAGCCCUAAGAUGAAGACACAUUUAUACACCUUAAACACCUUUGUCCAUUACACGCGUUCUUAUUUUUCAGUUUACUUUUAAUGGUUGCGUCCUCGUUCAUCAUUGUAUUUGUGUUCUCGGCUUUUACUCGAAAACGGCAUAUAGAUUUGCGCGAACAAUAUUCACCAUUCUAAUAAUGUUCACCUCCGAGAACCACGCAACUGCUGAUUACUGCUGUCGACUCGAGCAAGUAGUACUGUAAUUUCUGCUAUUUAAUGCUAAAGUCAGCUUACAUUAUUAUUCUUAUUACUAUACUUCGUGGUGCGAAUAAGAGAAACGAGACAAUUAGCGGUGGAAUAGUCGCAUUAAAAAAAAAAUGGAAAAAAAUGUAACGGGAGGGAGGGAAGUCUUGUUACAACCUCUGAUUACACUUAUCUAUUUGACAGCAAUAAAUACUUUUGGCUUUAAAAACUCUGAUAGGCGCACGAUGCGCUGUCAGACCUAAUUUUUUAAUGUAAAAGCCAAAGGCGAGCGAGACAGAGACUGCGUACCGAAUUUUGUCAUACGUCAAUGCAAGGGAAAGACUUCAAAAAAGGUUUCACAAUUGAAUCGGACGAUCAAUCACCUUUAUGUUCUCGUUAUUUUUAUAUCGUUUCCUAUGUUCGCCAAUUUUGUCCAUCCGAAAUGUGGAUUCCAAUGGUCUUAAACGAUCCUUUUGUUUAUUUUUUCUUUUUUUUGUUUUAAUUCUUACUUAUAUUGUUUGAUAUUUGUACUUGUCGCGUGACUAUAUUUGAUACGAUGUAUCGCUUAUUCGAAAUUCGUUAGAAAGUCAAUAACGAAAAGAAAUCAUGGAAUUUGAAAAAUUUUUAAUUAUUGUAACGAAUUCGGACGAGUUAUCGAAACGAUGCUAGUAUCAUUGUUAUAAACGACGAAGAACAAUAAAGGAUGACUGUAGAGAUGUUCGCUCUCGAUCGCUGACGCAAUGGCGUUCCCUUAUUUUCGCGGUACCCCUGGCGGGUCGUAAUAUACCAUUCGGCGUUUCUCGAUUUUAGAAACGAAAUUGUAAUUUUCAUGACUUGUUGGACUUGUGCGUAUUUGACAAAAAUAGAUAAAUAAUGGACAAGUUCGACGAGCGAAAAAUUUUCUCACAUAUGUAAUAACAUUAAACGGUAUACGUAAAAGCGCAAUUUUGCAUUUUGAUAAAAACUUAAUGCAUUCGAAUUGUCAACGUGCCGUUUAUCUUCUUCAGAAAGUUUACUCGUGCGCAUUUUUCCGUAUAAAAAAAAUUGAAUAAUGAUUGACAAUGCCACGCGCCAUUUUGUCAAAGAAAAGAAAUGUGAAAAAUGAAAUAAUUUGUACAAAAAAUGCAUGGUCUUUUUUACAAAAAGAAAAGAAAAUCCUAUAGUUUGUAGCAUCGUCCACGAAAUAAUAAAGUGUACAAUUUUCUUUCUAAAAAAAACUAAUCAGAUUCGUAA